AAUGACUGGACGGCCAUAACAACUGUAAACAGCGUUUUAUUCUUUGUAAUUGAACUUUUUAUAAUUUUGUUUGUCUUUCCUCCUUUUCUCUUCAACGUUUAAUCGCGAUACACCUAUUUCAUUUUAAGUGCAGAAAGUAUAACAUAGUGCAGCUACGAGGAACAGAUCUGUCAUCGUCGACGUCGUCGACGAUAGCAAUUAUCAUCAAUCUUUCUUAUUGAGUUCAAACGUGAAGUUGCAGGUUCAUCAGCAAAGAAUUAUCGUGCACUUUGCAACAAUUGAAACAAACUAUUGACGAAAUAAAACUCAAGGAAAAUCGCGAAGCGACCGGAGGAAUGAUCGAGCACAAUUUUCCACCCUUGAAGAAUGACCGGAUUCUCAAGGCGGCACGCGGGGAGCCGGUUGACAGGGUUCCAGUUUGGGUUAUGAGACAAGCUGGGAGGUACCUUCCAGAGUUUCAGGAAGUCAGAGCUCGGCACGAUUUCUUCGCCGUUUGUCAGACUCCUGCGUUGGCAUGCCAGGUGACCCUGCAGCCGAUAGAACGCUUCGAUCUGGAUGCCAGUAUAAUAUUCUCAGAUAUCUUGGUGAUCCCUCAGGCGAUGGGCCUGAAAGUCGAGAUGGUAGCGGGAGUAGGUCCAGUCUUGCCUCAGCCCUUAGCUGAUCCCAAUGACUUAGCACGACUUGUACGACCAAAUGUGAAUGAAGCUCUAAAGUAUGUCGGAGAUGCUAUAACAUUGACUCGGCACAAAUUGGAUGGUAGAGUGCCAUUAAUAGGAUUCACUGGAGCUCCUUGGACUCUGAUGGGUUACAUGAUUCAAGGAGGAGGUAGUUCGACAAUGGCAAAGGCAAGAUCCUGGUUGUAUAAGUAUCCAGAGGACACGCAUAAAUUGUUACAGAUGAUUACAGAUAUUGUUGUGGAUUACUUAGUAAUGCAAGUGAAAGCUGGUGCUCAGUUACUACAAGUAUUUGAAAGCAAUGGAGACUAUUUGGAUGAUGCAUUAUUUACAAAUUAUUCUUUUAAAUAUCUGAAACAAAUCAGCAAACGUGUACGGAACCAUCUGAAAGAAGCAAAUAUUCCAGAAGUGCCUAUGAUUGCUUUUCCAAAAGGUGCAACCAUGAAUUCCUUAAAAAUUCUUGCGAAGGAUCAGAGUUAUGAAGUAAUAGGCCUUGAUUGGACCGUAGAUCCUACAGAAGCCAGAAAACAACUUGGUCCUAAUAUUACAUUGCAAGGUAAUAUGGAUCCUUGUUCAAUGUAUUCUUCACAGGAUGAAAUUGUUGAUCGUGCACACAAAAUGGUGUCAAAUUUUGGUAAAACUCGAUAUAUUGCCAAUUUGGGACAUGGCAUUUUACCAGAUACUCCGAUUCCAUCCAUGGAGGCUUUUAUUAAAGGAGUGCACUCGGCAUAAGUAUACGUUUUACAACCAAAACAUUUUAUUAUGCAUUUGUUAUAAAUAAUUAUAAUUAUUGUAUAAUUAUUGUUACUAUAUUGCAUUGUUUUAACUUUUCUUAUAACAAUUAUUGCGAUUUUAUAGUAUUUCUAAUGUCAAAAGUAUUUUUUGAAUAUUAUUUUUCAAUAAAGGAAAGUCUUGACUCGUC